GUGUCGCUUCCUUGUUUGUCUGCCUCUCCUCAGACUGACGAUGGCUGAAGCCCAACUGUGUGAAUUAUGGGAUGAGAUCAACUGCUCGGUGUGUCUGGACACCCUGACUGACCCCGUGUCACUGUAUUGUGGUCACAGUUUCUGUCUGAAGUGUUUAACAAACUACUGGGAUCAGAGCCAAGAGUGCAGCUGUCCUCAGUGCAGAGAGGCCUUCACCACGAGGCCUGCACUGCACAUAAACACUGUGCUGAAUGAAGUUAUCAAGAAACUAAAGAAGACAGGACUCAUUCCUCAUCCGCUUUCAUUUCAAAAUUAUGCCGGCCCUGGAGCCGUGGAGUGUGACAUCUGCACUGGGAAGAAGUUCAGAGCGGUGAAGUCCUGUCUAACCUGCAUGGCCUCUUUCUGUCAGACUCACCUGCAGCCUCACUAUGAAGUUGCGGCCUGGAAGGAUCACAAGCUGGUUGAUCCUGAUAGAAAUUUGAAGGAGAAACUCUGUGGAAAACAUCACAAAAGUCUGGAGAUAUUCUGUAAAACUGAUGAGACAUACAUCUGCAUGAUGUGUGUGGUGACUGGACAUAAAAAUCAUGAAAUGGUCGAGCUGGAGACUGAAAGAGAAGAAAAACAGAAACAGCUGGGGGCGACACUGAGUGACAUCAAGAGGAGACUUCAUGAGAGAGAGAAAACACUGAAGGAGACGAGGAGGGCGAUGGACAAGAUGAAGCUCUCUGUGGAAAAAGAAGUGCAGGAACAUGAGAAGAGCUUCACUGAUCUGAUUCACUGCAUCAAGCAAGCCUGCAGCAAAGUCACUGAGAGGAUCAGAGAACAAGAAAAGAGUGAAACGGAGAAGGCUGAAGGAGUCAUGGAGCGACUGGAGAAGGAGAUUGAAGAGCUGAAGAGGAGAGAAGCUGAGCUGAAGGAGCUUUCAGAGACCAAGGACCAUCUCCACUUCCUGCAGACUUUCUCAUCUCACUCUCUCCUGAGUGAUGAUGGAGACUUGCUGAGCUUCACUGUCGCUGCUGACUUCUCUUCUGAGGGCCUGAGAAAUGAGCUGUCCAGUCUGAAGAAGAGUCUGGAGAAGAUCAGCCAGUGGGACUUCAUGACAAGGACUCCAUCAGGUCAUGAAGCUGCAAUCUUCACCCUCCAGCCUCCUGAACCUCAGAGCAGAGAGGAGUUUUUACAAUAUUCUUGUCCACUCACACUGGACAUCAACACGGCACACAGGUGGCUCUGUCUGUCUGAAGGGAACAAGAAGGUGACUUGUGAUGACACAAAGCACUGUUAUGGUACUUAUAAGAGUUUCGACUGCUGGGAGCAAGUUCUGUGUAGAGAGGCCCUGAAUGGGAAUCGCUUUUACUGGGAGGUGGAGUGGACUGGAAAAAGUAUAGCAAUUGGAGUGGCAUAUGAAGGAAUGAGCAGGGAAGGACUGGGCAGGGAGUGUGGCCUUGGAUACAAUGACAAGUCCUGGAGUUUGUACCGUUCUGAUUCUCAGUAUUUUGUGUGUCACAACAACAAGGAGACUCUAAUCAGCGCCCCCUACAGCCCCAGAAUAGGUGUGUAUCUGGACUGGCCUGCUGGCUCUCUGUCAUUUUAUAGCGUCUCACACACAAUGACCCUCCUGCACAGGUUCAACACCUCCUUCACUGAGCCCCUCUAUCCAGGGUUUUGGGUUUGGUUUAACUCCAGUGUAACAAUCAGCCAACUCAGGCCUUGUGACAAGUGACCAGCAUCCUCUGCUAGUUACUUAAUCUCUACAAAAUUGGAGGUCCUCUUUUGUGUCUGUAGCUUGAGAUCAAAAUGAAUUCUGCAAGAUGGAGGUUUGGAAGGGUGAGGAAUAGGGUUUGGCACCUUUGAGUCUGAAUCUGGAGAUGAAAAUUAUGUUUGGGCUCUUGGGUGCUCUCCUGGUUUAGUUUGCAUGUAUCAAAUUGAUUCCAGUAUGUCCAGUAAGGUGCUGACAGGACUACUUAUGUCAUUAUACUCAAAAGUUAAAUAUGGUGUCCUGCAGACCUCAAUAGUUGAACUGUCAUUUUUUUCACUUUAUGUCACAUUAAUUUCCACAUGUGUGCUGAUGACACCCAGCUAGGCCUUAGUUUUAAACCCAAUAACAUACUGUAUCUUUUUUUUUUUUUUUUUUAUUUAUUAAUGUUAUUGUAAUCAUUCCAUACAAAUAGAUCAAUUUAUACAAAAAAGAAUUGAAGACAAAUCAAACCCCACCCUUGAGAAGGAGAGCAUGGCCAAAGGAGAAUUGCUUAGG